AUGGGUGUCGAAGGCUUUUGGUGCGCCGUGCAGCACACAGCGCACUCGGUCCAGAUAUCAAGUCUGCGGGGGAAAAGACUGGCCAUCGAUAUGUCGGUCCUGAUGCAUAGAGCCUUGAGCACGGAUUCAGAAAACAUGGCUAACAAUCGGUACACUCCAAAGCCAACCGAGUUUGUGAUGCAGACAAUCGGUUCUAUGUUGGCAUGUGGGAUAACGCCUUAUGCUGUCUUUGAUGGACGCCCGCUACCCGCAAAAGCCCCGACACAUUUACGCAGGAAGGACAACCUGGAGAGGGCCACGGAGUCUUUGAAGGACAAGAUCGCGGAAGGAUGUAAGAUAUCCCACAGCGACUACAGAGCGGUGCUGUGUGUCACGUCAGAGUUCACAAAGGAGGUGAUCGAGAGGCUGAAGAAGAUCGAUGUCUCGCUGGUGGUGUCUGCCUAUGAGGCAGACGCACAACUAGUGUGGCUGGAACUCCACGAUAUAGUCGAUGGGUUGAUCACUGAAGACGGAGACGUCUUUGCAUACGGUGCAUCAACUGUAUAUCGGCUGUGGUCAGCCCGUGACACGAGAGUCAACCGGUACAUGCGGCAAGAUUUCGUCUCUGCAACUAACCAGUUCACCUUGGAUGGUGCCAACGUCAGUUUUGUUGAUACCUGGAUGCUUGCCGGGUGCGAUUAUGGCACAAAAAUUCCGGGGGUGGGAUGGAAGACAGCUUUGAAAGCAUUGCAGGGCUGCUCAUUUGCUUCUGCAGUGGAGAUACUCAUAUCGGACAGAGCAGAGGGAGAGUCGUACAUGCGGUUGGCCGCUACGGUCAGACUGAUAUAUGCACACCAUUGCGUGUGGGAUGUAGAGCAAGAGGAGAUGGUAUGCUUGACACCACCCGUUGAAGGAGAGCAUUGGACAGCGGAGGAGCGCGUUGCUAUAGGAAGGUAUGUCAAAUGCCGCUGUGUGUUCUUUUGCCUGUGCAUGUGCUGA